AUGGCUAUAGAUCCCUUUUUCGCUUCUACCCGCAAGAGAAAGCGUAGCAACAAGCCAACACAGAAAAAGCAACCACGUCCAGCACAACCAAAGAAUAAUAAACGAGACAGUGACAUUGAGGGCGAUACAGACGAUGAAGAUCAUUUUAAUACCAAUGUCUCAGCAGAAAGCGAAGUAGAAUCUUCAGAAGAAGAAAUUGAAGAAACAGCUGCAGAGAAACGUGUGAGACUUGCUAAAGCUUAUUUAGAAUCAAUAGAGAAAAAUGCACAAGAUGAGAUUGGUGAAUUUGAUGCUGCAGACCUUGAUAGAGAUAUUAUUGCUGAGCGUUUAAAGAAAGACGAUGAUGAAGCUGAAGGACGAUUACACUUGCGUAUUGCUGAUAGAUUUAACUUUAAGACAGAAGAAUUGAAAUCACAUCGAUGCCGUGGACACCAGCUCCCAGUUACAGCAGUCGCAUUAGCAGAAAAUUGUUCUGUAUUCUACUCUGCUUCAAAAGAUGGAUCGAUUAUCAAAUGGGAUGCAAAGACAUUUCAAAAAUUACAUACCUUUGUUGGUGGAAGAAAAGGUGUAAAGAACUACAAUGGACAUACAGAUCAUGUGUUGUGUCUUGCAAUAAGUCACGACGGACAGUACUUGGCAAGUGGUGGUAAAGACAAAGUGAUCAAUAUCUGGUCUGUGAAAGAGGAUAAGCAUAUUGUUAAAUUUACUCAACAUAGAGACUGUGUUUCGGGAUUAGCCUUCCGUAAAGGAUCAAAUCAACUAUACUCAGCGUCAUACGAUCGUACAAUAAAGCUAUGGAAUGUUGACGAACGAGCAUAUAUAGAAACUCUAUUUGGUCAUCAAGAUCAAAUUACCGCUAUUGAUACCCUUGGUCGUGAACGUUGUGUAUCAACUGGUGGCCGUGAUAAGACAGCAAGAUUGUGGAAGAUUGUUGAGGAAUCUCAGCUUGUGUAUAGAGGUGGUAUUACCACAAAACAAGAUGAUUCAAACCUUUCGUUUGUCGAAGGUUCCAUUGACUGUAUCGCACAGAUAGACGAAAGCUUGUUUAUUACUGGUGGUGAUAGUGGUGUUAUCUCACUGUGGGAUAUUAAUCGAAAAAAGCCAGUGUAUUCUAAACCUUUGGCUCAUGGCAUCAACCUGACAGUGAGCGAUUCAGAAGGAGAGAUUAAGCAACCAUACUGGAUUACAACAGUAGCAUGUCUAAGAUACUCUGAUUUAUUCUUUUCAGGUUCUUGGGAUGGGUUUGUCCGUGUGUGGAAGCUGACAGGAGAUAACAGAUCCUUUGAUCAAAUCGCACAAAUUCCUGUGGAUGGUGUUGUCAAUAGCAUUCAAGUCAAGUCCUCUUUGGCUACAAAGCGCACACUACUGGUAGUUGGUAUAGGUCAAGAACUAAAAGCUGGCCGUUGGAUUAGAUUAAAGAAAAAUGUAAAGAAUUGUACAAAGAUAUUUGAGCUUGAUUAUUCAAAAUAA